AUGGGUGAAAAUUCGCCUUUAACCCUUUUCUACUUCAGGCAGUGUGUUCCUCCCCGCCAAGGACAAAAGCAAGGAGCCCCCAGCCCUCCACUCUUACACAGAAAGGAAAGGGAAGGAUUGUCUCCUGAUUGGCCCGGUUGGGUACUGUUAGAUGAGUUUGCUCCAAAGGCCAUAGCCCUCUUGACCAAAAAAAAAAAAAAAAAAAAUUCUGUGUCUUCCCAAUGCAAGUUUUCCAACCCAGCUUCCUCUUCUCUCUAUCCAGCAUCCUAUAUAUCACACCAAGCCCUCGCUGAUUUUGAGUUCUUUAAGGUCUUUUCAGUAGUAGGCUAA